AUGGCCGGCAAGCGCGACCGACUCGGCAAAAAGCAGCGCCUGCAGCGGCAGGAGCGAAGACGCUGCGAAGAAGCUGCGAAGAAGCUGCCGCCUCCACAGACGCGGCCGCAAAACAUCGUCGCGUCCACCUUCUUUCCCAUGCCCUCCUUCCGCGCGGGCGCUUCCGCCUACAGCGGCCAGACGGCCGACGAGACUGUCGCCGAGCAGACGGGCGAGGACGUCAAGGGCCGCAAGGUGACUGUGCGCAUUGAGAAGGCCAAGCGGAAGAAACAGGCUACCAAGAUCGCGCGCGCGGAGUUCGAGGACACCAAGCGACGCGUCCGGCUGAUGGAGCUCCACAUCAACGACGUCGCGGAGGCCUACCUCAAGGAGAAGUGCACCGGUCAGCAGGCUUGGGACAAGAUCAUGGAGGUCGGCUCCAAGUUGAACGCCGCGCUGCGCUUGGGAACCCAGGUCGACGCCAAGGCGCAGUCUGCCCUUUCCAAGGUGGAGGCUCUGGGCUCCGAGAUGGCUGCCAUGCGUACAGGGGCCACAACAAUAGAUGAGAAGAUGGAGAUGAUGCAGGAGUCUAUGAACGAGAUUCGCGGUGCGGUGGCGGAGCUUUCGCGCAAGGUUGAGGCGCUGGAGACGGCCCCUAGGGCUGCGAAUGAGAUGCUGGUCAAGGAGAAGGCGGAUAUGGAGGCCAUGAAGGCGCAGAUUGACACGCUCAAGGAGCUGUUUGAGAAGAUGCAGAAGACGGAUGGCACGAAGGUCGAGAAGGGCCAGGGAGGCUGGAAGGGACGUCUUCGGUCUAGAGGAAACAAGUAG